AUGGCAGCCACGGCAUGUCUGCUUCAGCAUCGUACGGAGCUCCAAGAGCGGGGCAUCGAACUCAUCGAACUGGCCCUUCUAAGCUCCAGCCCAUCGCUCACCUCAAUUGGUGUUAUCCCAACGGCCAGCCGCCCAGAUCCAAUACCGCCGUUGAUCCAGCGCCGCGAGACGCUUCGUGCGGCAGCAAACCAGGGCAUGACAGAGAGGCAAUUUAGCCCUGGAGCUGCAUCCUCUGCUUACACCAAGACCAUCUACAGAGGUUUUGAGGAGCCGGAAAUUCUGACCCCAAGCUCCUUGCCCGCGACGCCCACAUGCGACUUCGACUCCCCAGGGUAUGAAGAUGCAGAGCCAGAAACUCCGGCUUUAGAGGUGGACGAUGAAGGGCUCUAUGCCUGGGAAGAAGAACAAGUGAGAUCAGGCCAUCCACCCAGCGGCCUCAUCGACCUACGCAUGCUCAGGGCACAGCAAAUGGGCUCCGCCCUGAGCUUCGAGCAAAACACGCCCACCUGUGAAACGGACGAGGAGGAAGAGGAGGAUAUGCCUCCCAGCUCUGCAUCGGCCCAGCAGAUGGUGAAGACUGAGGAGCCCGAUGAAGACCAGCCCCCUGCGGGGAGCUCCAAGCGAACGGUUCUCGGCCAGGCGAAGACAGAGCCAGCCCUGGAAAUUCCCAAGGCUGAGGCAAGCGAGAGUUCAGCGGCACGACCGUCACAAGAGGUGACCGGCCCGGAGGAAGAACUGCCUCCCUGGCAGCGCAGACAGCGCAGAAGGCUCGAGGAGUGAGGCCAGUGAGGCCGGCCAGCGGGAUGUCGCGAGACUGUGCUAGGCCUA